CAUUACGUCGGGCGAGCCGCAUCAAACGGUCAGAUUCGUAUUGGAUUUUAUUAAGCAGAAUAGGAAUAUUAUUUGCUCGAUUAAAAAAAUACAAAUAAUAACGCGAGAGUUUGCAAGUUGGCUCCAGACUGUAGUUACAACUGUCAAAGGGAGAGUGGAUACGCGCAUGACCAGGCACACAUUACUGUAUUACUGUACUCGGCCGCGAAGAUAAUAUCCGUAUAAAAAAUAGCCAUAAUCCAGAGGUAAGGAAUCGAAGACUGCAUCGAAAUCGAACGCGACUGAGCCUUUCUGACCAAUUUCCACCGCUUCUUUUUCUUUUACUCUAACCAACUCUCGCAGCUGUCGAAAAUUACUGCACUAAACAUAUUUUUGUGGCUCCCUUUAGCUCCAGCGCAAGGAUUUUUUUUACUCCUCCUUCGUAUUAAAGUCGCCAUUUUGCUUCACUGCCUAUAAAAGCUUCUUCUAUUUUAUUAUUUUCUUUAAGGAGUCGACGUCGUUUCUAUCCUCUGUCUCCUGCUUUUUGACAUUUCUGGAGUUCGUUUUUAACGACAGGGUUGAGGUUAAAGCGGUACCUCGUGGUUUACAUAUUAAUGAAGGAAAGAGACGAGCGAGUCUGGCAAUAAGGUGAAAGUGUUCAGGUUAUUUAAUUUGCAUUUCCUUUCCCCCUUUGCUGGUUUUCUUCAUUUUCUUCGUCGUCCCCUCCUCACUGUUCCUCCGCGGAUACACAGCGGGGGCUAGGAGCGUGGCUACCGACCGUGACGGCUGUCUGUCCGCAACGAACCCGGCUCACGGGACGGCGGCAGGUGUGAUUGCCAUGUAACAUCAAAAGGCACCGAGCGAAGAGUAGGCUACAGCCUGACCCCACGUGGGUGACCCGGGUCACCCGGCCACUCGUGUUGGGUGGCUCCAGCUUUCCAGGCAUGGAGACGUCCAGUGGAGCCCGACUAGGGAAGCCCCCGUCAGGGGUGGCCAAGGGCCGGCCUCCCAAGCAGACGCAUCCCCCUGAGACGGCCCGCACGGGCAGCUCUGAAAACGACAAUCAUGGUCCAUCCUGUUACGAGAGGGCAGAGGGCAAGAGGAAAGGACGCCCUCGUGUGGAGGUGCAAGAACUGCGCAGCAUCCCUGCCCACAUGAUGGUGCAGUGGAAGGAGGAGUUUAAGAGUCGCUCGCGGGUCAAGUGUCCGAGCUCGGGCUGCUGGCUGGAGUUUCCCAGCAUCUACGGCCUCAAGUACCACUACCAGCGCUGCCAAGGGGCGACCGUGGCCGAGAGACUGAGGCACGCAUGCCCUUACUGUGAGGCUGUGUUCGCUACCAAGGUGCGUCUGCAGAAGCACAAGCUGUGGAACCACCCGGAGAGGGUCACCAUGGAAACCAAGACUGAAUCCAAAGGGCAGGUGCAGAAGGGGCCGGCGAAAGGGAACGCCAAGAAAAGGCCCAUGGAGAGUGGCCCUCCGUCCCCCAUGUUCAUCAAGGUGAAGAAGACUCAGGAGCCAUCACAGCCGUCCCAGAACGGAGAGUGUACCGCCACCGCCACCUCCACCGCCUCCACCACCUCACAGAGGCCCGACAGAAAACAGCAGCAACAGCAUUCGCAGCCACAUCAGCAGCAGCAGCAGCAGCAGCACACACACAGUCACACACACAUGCAGACGCACACACACAUGCCGCCGCAGCAGCAGGAGCAAGAGCAGGCGUCUUCGUCAGACACCUCACCGAGGACCCCUGGGGGUAGCGAGAGUGACGGGGGCAGUUUGCCCCCGUCCUGUCCGGAGGAGGACCCCGAGAGGACCAGGCACAGAAGGAAGCAGAAAACUCCAAAGAAGUUCACUGGAGAGCAGCCCUCCAUCUCUGGUACAUUUGGACUCAAAGGGAUGAAUAAAGUGGAGGAGAAGCUGAAAGCUGGGCGGGCAAAGAGGCCAGAGGGAGGCCUGUUCAACGAGGAGCCCCCAAGGAAGCUCCAAGCCCCAGCCUCAUCUAGGAGAGAGACCCCUCAACCUCCAGCCUCAGGCCCCCCAGCAGAUGCACAGUGGCACAGUGCCAUCUCUGAGCGGGGAGAGGUGGUGUGCCCCACCUGCUCUGUGGUCACCAGGAAGACCGUGUCUGGCCUGAAGAAGCACAUGGAGAUCUGUCAGAAGCUCCAGGAUGCCCUGAAGUGUCAGCAGUGCCAGAAGCAGUUCAGGUCUAAAGCCGGACUCAAUUACCACACCAUGGCUGAGCACAGCAACAAGACCACUGGGAACGAGAGGCGCAGCGGCGGCGGCGGUGGUGGUGGUGGUGGUGGCAGCGGGCAGGAGGAGAGGGAGAGGCUGCGCCGCAUCCUCAAGCAGAUGGGCAAGAUCAAGUGCCCCAGCGAGGGCUGUUCGGCCCACUUCACCAGCCUUAUGGGCUAUCAGUACCACCAGAAGCGCUGCGGGAGGGACGUGUCCGAGGCUGACAAGCCCGCCUUCCAGUGCCAGCACUGCGGGAAGACCUACCGCUCCAAGGCCGGCCGGGACUACCACCUCCGCUCCGAGCACCCGGUCACACAGCCCAGAGGGGUAAGGGCAGGAACCAUGUUAAAGGUGGCCACAGAGGAGCCCAGGCCGGCCGGGAGGAAGGAGCAGCUCCCCACUGAGAAGACGAAGGAGGAGGCGCACAGGAGGCAGCAGCAGCAGCAGCAGUCGGCCCGGGUGAAGGAGCGGCCGGAGGAGCGGGGUGGGGAGCAGGAGGACCCGGCGCCACCGUUGUCAACGGCAACCGCGAUGACAACGACGACGACGGGAGCCCCAGCGGCCGCUGCAGCAGCAUCAAUGGUGGGGUCAGUGGGAGCCAUGAUGGCCACGGCAGCGGCAGCGUCUAUGGCGGACUCGGUGGAGGACUUCGAGCGGACGCCCAGUGGGAGGGUGCGGCGGCGAUCGGCACAGGUGGCCGUCUUCCACCUGCAGGAGAUCGCCGAGGACGAGCUGGCCAAAGACUGGGGCACCAAGAGGCGCAUCAAAGACGACCUGGUGCCAGAUAGCAAGAGGCUCAACUACACCCGUCCGGGCCUUCCCACAUUCGAUCCGGAGAUGCUGGAGACGUGGAAGAAUCAGGUCAAGGAGAAGGGGUUCAUCUGCUGUCCUAAUGGAAGCUGCGAAGCUGUUUACUCGAGUGUGUCUGGACUCAAAGCCCAUUUGGCAAACUGCACCCAGGCAGGGGGAGCCGUGGGGAAGUACAUGUGCCUGCUGUGCCAGAAGGAGUUCAGCUCGGAGAGUGGCGUGAAGUAUCACAUCAGCAAGACACACUCCCAGAACUGGUUCCGUGCCACUACCAACAUACCGCCUAACAACAAGAAACCGCCACUUCCUCAAAGCAACGGCAUCAAGAACGAGGUGAAGAACGGGGCGACCGGCAAGAAGAGGGGUCGCAAGCCCAAAGAGCGCCCCCCAGAGGCCACUCUGUCAAAGACUCCGAGCUCUAACCCACCCAUGUCCGUUCCCGUCCAGACCCAAACUCAGAACCAAACCUCAGGCUUGGCUCAAACUACAGCCCCUGCUCUGUCCCCAACCAACACCACCACCACCACUCCUACGCACGUGCCCAAACCUGCCCCCACACCUACCCCUGUUGAUCGGGGUAGCUUGGGGCAGAACAGAGACACACAGCCCCUGAUGAAGAAGAGGGGUAAGCCCAAGAAGGUGCCAUCUGUUGAAUAACAUAGAUAACAUCACGUCAGGAUAACUGGUCAGGAGGCUUGCGAAAAAAGACAAACGUCAGACAUCGCGGCACAACACAGCCUUCUCAUCCUCAGAGGCUGAUGGCUAAGAUAGCGCUCCAAGAAUACCCUACCAUGGAAUGGAAUUCUUUAAAAAAAAAAAAAAUGGUUAUUUGAUUUCACAGUUUUUUGGUUAGAUUUUUUGUUUUGUUUUUUACCUUAUAUAUGCGUACUUAUAUACAGUAUA